CGCGUGUGUGUGUGUGUGAGAGAGAGAGCGUGUAAAGCUGCAAUGUGGCUUUCAGCGUAAUAGGGGGCGUUAGAGAGCUGUUUUCUUUUUUGUACUCCCAACUAUACGAACGUGCUAGUCUGCAUUCUUGCUGAAAGUAGCAGAGUUAGCGACGGCGUCAUUCAGCUGGCAGGUGCGUGUGAUAUGUGCACGUUGGUUCCGAAUCCGCACACCCCUUAUAACUUUAGUGAGCUCUAUUAAUGAAUUCGUUGAGGGAUAAUGACGCUAAAUGCACAAUGUGACUUAAGUAUGGGGGGCUUAACAGCAUAAAGCGAAGACGCAUCCGUCCGCCCCCCUAGCAACCGUAGCGAGUUAGCAUAAGCCCGUGCCUGUGGUUGAGAUACAGUACAUGGAGGCUUACGCAAGUACAAAACAAGGCCAGGGUGUUUAAGUUAUUACCGAGGUGGUUUGCCUGCGAAGAUAAAUGUUGGCUAAAUGGCAAAACCCGACAGGGACGAUGGAGAGUUUGAGUUUCAGGGUAGCGCGGAGCAGCUGACAAGCAACGGGAGCACUCGGUCGUUUGGCUCCGAUGCAGUCACACUGGACUCCGACGGCACUGAAACGUCUAGGGAGAAAGAGGUGGACAAGUACGGAUUCACAGGUGGAGCCCAGCAGUAUCGAGGACUCCAUGCAGAAGAAAUCCCCACGGAGGUGCUGAGGCAGCGGGAGGCCAAAUGGCUGGAGAUGCUCAACAGCUGGGACAAGUGGAUGGCUAAAAAGCACAAGAAGGUGAAAGCGCGCUGUCAGAAAGGGAUCCCGCCAUCGUUGCGUGGUCGCGCCUGGCUCUACCUCACGGGAGGAAAAGUGAAGGAGGAGCAAAACCGGGGCAAGUUCCAGGAACUGGACAGCCAACCCGGAGAUCCCAAAUGGGUCGAUGUCAUAGAGCGAGACCUCCACCGACAGUUUCCCUUCCACGAAAUGUUUUCAGCCAGGGGGGGACACGGGCAGCAAGACUUGUUCCGCGUGCUGAAGGCGUACACGCUGCACCGUCCCGAGGAGGGCUACUGUCAGGCUCAGGCUCCCAUCGCCGCCGUGCUCCUCAUGCACAUGCCUGCGGAGGACGCGUUCUGGGUCCUUGUCCAGAUUUGUGAGAAGUACCUUCCUGGAUACUACAGUUCAGGGCUGGAGGCCAUCCAGCUGGACGGAGAGAUCCUGUACGCUCUGCUGCGGCGGGUGUCUCCCGUGGCGCACCGUCACCUCAAGCAACACAAGCUGGAGCCCAUCUUGUACAUGACCGAGUGGUUCAUGUGCGCUUUCUCCCGCACGCUGCCCUGGGCUUCCGUGCUUCGCGUGUGGGACAUGUUCCUUUGCGAGGGAGUGAAGAUCCUGUUCCGCGUGGGCCUGGUCCUGCUCAAAUGCAUGCUGGGAUCUCAAGAGAAGGUGAGGGCCUGCCCGGGUCUUUACGAAACGAUGGAGCGGCUCCGGGCCAUACCGCCACAAUACAUGCAGGAGCGUUUCCUGGUGCAAGAGACCAUAGAGCUGUCCGUAUCGGAGAAAGACAUCGAGAAAGAGCACCUGGCGCAGCUGCGGCGCUGGAAAGACACCCACGGCGACCUCCACUACAGAUCCCCUCCCAGGAUGCACGGCGCAAAGGCCGUCAUGGCCGCCGAGCCGCCGGACCGACAGGAUUUGAGGCAGCGGCCCACUAUCGUCGUGGAGUCUCCCUCGGAGGUCGACGGCGCCAGGGACACUCGCAAGGCCAAAAGAGAGAAGCGGAAGAAGAGCGCUCUGCCGCCGCAGGCGACGGAUAACACGCCGCCGUCUCUCGAGGUACCAUCGCCUCUCCUGCAGCCAGUGAGUACGCACGCGUCCAGAGAGAGCGUGAGCAGUGCCGAGCACGACACGUAUUUGUAGCACGGCGCCAGUCAUUCCAUAGCAGAGAUGAUCGAGAUUUCAUUGAAAUGGGUGAUUCUUAAAAUGCGGAGAAUUUCAAAACACUUGACAUAUUUGUAGAACACCUUUCAGUCAUUUGGGAAAGUCAAGAGUGUGGGACAUCGGCGGAAAGCCGCAUGAGCAUUUAUUCAAUCUCCUUGAUGUCCAAUUGAAGGUCCAGAUUACUAGUAUGUGGUUUUUCCUCACUAUUAGGUGUGUCAGUCUAGCGCUCUAGUAGAAUGACUUUGCAGUAACGUUUUUCCACUCCUGCCUUCGCCGACCCCGUGACAUUUCUCAAGUGCAGGGCAAGUUGUUGACGAGUAGAAUUUUAUCAUUAUCGUCGACAAUCAUUUACAGUACGAGUCACGGACAGGUCCGCACGGUUUUGCUUCGCUAAUAAAAUGCGUCGUUGGAUAGUGUGCCGAAAGCUGUCGGAGUCGUGAGGACACAAUGGCUGAGCUGGUACAUGGACCUGAAGUUGGUUGUCCCGGAUACUGAAUGAAUUUUCAAAUGGCUUUAUGAAAGACGCUGGAGCAUUUAUUUAUGGUCGUACUAGCAGUGGAAAAGAACGUUCGUAUGAAGACAAGUCAUUCCUCCAGUGUGAUGUCUUACUCAUGAGGACCUUAAACUGAAUCGAAUACGAAUGUGUAAUCUCCCAAAUGAACUGAAGGUGGCGAUGAUGAAUUGCUUGCACUUUUUAUGAGUUGUUUUAUUUUUUUUUUUUCCCCCUGUGAGGUUUGAUAAGUCAGUGAGAGGCUGGAGCAGCUCUUUGGUGUGCAUGAUUUAACAUGCUAUCUGACUUGAAUUAGCUCGUGCUGUUAUUUAAUGCAAAGGGGCGAUUUGAUCGUGUCCGAGCAGAAAAAAAUAGAAUUACUCACCAGCCACAAUAUUAGGUGCAUCAUCUAAUAAGAUCCACUAUACUAGUUUUUUUUUGAAGAAAUAAUGACCUUUAUAUAAAGGCAAUAAUGCCAAUUUUGUAUGCUGGUGCGGUUGAUCAUGAGAUUGUGCAUUUGUACCUAAUGUUGUGUCUAGUUGUCGGCCAUGUUACGUGACGCGACAUUGCCAGCAAAUCUUAUUUUUCCGACUUUGACAGCCUCGGUGUCAGUCCCCGAACAACUGUUGUUGUACCUUUUAUGAGCGCAAAACACCUUCACACUACUUUGACUCCACCUCCUUUAAUGAAGGAAAACUGUUCAAGGACAUUGUUGUGCCACGAAGCCAAAGAUUUUUACGUUGGGUGUGUUGUAUCCGUCAGACCGGGAGUGCAGGAGUGUUUAUUCAUGUUGGGAAUGAAAUGAGCGGGAAUGCAAAAUCAGUGUUGCUGGGCAGAAAGACUUUGCUGAUUAUUACUGGGAGGGGGGGGUGCAGGGGGGGCGUAAUAAAUAAAUAAACACUCCACCAAGCAGCCGCAUCGGGAGGUUGUUGUUGUCGGUGUCACGCAACAGUUUACAGCCCCCUUUUCUGAGCCAGAUAUAAAAUGAUGUGUAUUUUUGUGGAAUUGUAACUCUAAUGCAGUCCAAUGAAUGUACAACUUUAUUUUUUUCAACAAUGGCAUGUAUGCUCAAACUCUAUUUUUUUUUUUUUGCCCCUUUUAGGGGGAAGAGCAGUAAUUACAAUCAGAGGUGAAACAUUUGAUGAUCGCCACGAUAUGAGAAAUGUAUUUAAAAAAGCGUCAUGCGGUUUUUAUUUUUUGUCUGCAGUCAACUUUAUAAAAGGGAUACCGUGGUGGAUAUGACA